AGUACUGAGGGGGCCCUUCCUCGAUCAACCCUCCCCACCUAGCUAUCCCAUCCGUCCUUUCGUCACUGGGCUCGACCACCGCCCAUCUCCUAUCCUGACCUCCUCCCCGAACUGCUUAUCGGCCUUUGUCCCUCUGUGAAUGGGCGUCGCACUUCACCAUGUCGCCGUCAACCUCCCAUAUAUCGGGCCAGCUCCGACAGCUGAUAUACUACCACCUGGAUAAUAAUCUCGUCCGGAAUGCGCUCUUCCUAGCCGGCCGUUUGCAUGCGUACGAGCCCAGAACGUCCGAAGCCUCAUACCUCCUCGCCUUGUGUUAUCUGCAGAACGGUCAAGUCAAGGCGGCAUACGACUACAGCAAAAACUUUGGGUCGAGAGGAACACACCUUGGCUGCGCAUAUGUGUUUGCCCAGGCGUGUUUGGACUUAGGGAGAUACCUGGACGGAAUUACGGCGUUGGAACGAAGCAAAGGGCUUUGGACCUCAAGGAACAACUUCAACAAACAUAGCGAAUCGCGAAGACAACACCUACCGGAUGCGCCGGCCGUGCUAUGUCUACAAGGGAAAUUGUGGCAUGCGCAUAGCCAGCCCGAGAAGGCUAUAGAAUGCUACGCCGAUGCGCUCAAGCUGAAUCCGUUCAUGUGGGAUGCCUACUUAGCGCUAUGUGAGACUGGAGUCAAUAUGCGCGUCGCGAACAUCUUCAAAAUGAGCCCCGAACUACAAGCCUUGGUAUUAUCCUCGGCGCAUGAAGAUCUGGAUUCCCCCUUAGAAAAGACCGCACAUGCAGGAGCCCCCUUGCAGUCGCAAGCGAAGCUGAACUCGAGUGUUGAUCCAUUCACUACUGCAACGUCUAGACCCGAGUCAGCUCCUACGCACGGAAGCUCCGCUCUGUGGGAGAAGCUCAACGGAAGCACGGUGAGCGUGGCCUCGACUGGUACCCCAGCAGUACCUGCGGCUCGCGAUGGCACAGAAACGCCCGGCGGUCAGAGCAGUGAGUCCGACGACGUCCGUGCCGCCCACGCAGGUACCACAGAGCCCUCGUGGGACCCCCCAUUGGCUCCUGCCCGGAAAAACAGGACGAUACAAGCAAUCAGCGCCGACCAUGCCGUGGACCCCCCACCGAAAAUGAAGCCCACGGGCAUUCGACCCCGAACAAGAACCAGGGCCGACCUGGAUGGACAGGCUGCGUCACACGAGAAAGAUGUUAUGCAUGGGCAUCGGGUAGGGGAUCGCAAACGAACAGUUUCGGGCCAAGUGGCUCAUCCAGCACCGCCUACCUCGGAACCUGGCGCACCGCAGCGGCGCAGCGUCCGGCUUUUCAACCAAAUUAAGCCGACGACCAGCAAGCUUUCCAGUACGGCGCUAGGCGCGAAGGACGGCAGGGAACUUAAAAAGGUGAGGGCCACCGGCACGAAGGGUCGUACUACAACCACCACCACCCAGGUUGGGCGUGUUGUAAGCGGAAAUCGAAAACAUAUCGGUGAUGUGCACGACAGUGAGAGCAAGGAACAUCGGUCAGGGACAUCGGGGCUGAACGGAACCCAUCAUUCCUCCUCGAGGGGGGCUUCACUUGAAAGGUCAAAAUGCGUAGAAUCCCUGAAUUGGUUGCUGGAGCUAUUUUCCAAACUGGCUUGUGGAUACUGGGCAUUGACGCGGUAUCGGUGCACUGAAGCCAUUCAAACCCUCAACGGCUUAUCUCAGGGCCAGCGGGAGACCCCCUGGGUUCUUGCGCAAAUUGGACGGGCGUACUAUGAACAAGCAAUGUAUUCCGAGGCUGAAAAGUACUUUGUGCGAGUCAAGUCGAUGGCUCCGUCACGGCUGGACGAUAUGGAGAUCUACUCGACAGUACUGUGGCAUCUGAAGAAUGACGUCGAGUUGGCAUACCUGGCGCACGAACUGAUGGAGAUUGACCGUCUGUCCCCUCAGGCAUGGUGUGCGGUUGGCAACUCUUUUUCCCAUCAACGAGACCACGACCAAGCCCUGAAGUGCUUCAAGCGAGCGACGCAGUUGGAUCCGCAGUUUGCCUACGGAUUCACGCUACAGGGACACGAGUACGUGGCGAACGAAGAGUACGACAAGGCGCUCGACGCGUACCGGCGCGGUAUUGGGGCCGACGCUCGCCAUUACAAUGCCUGGUACGGAUUGGGUACUGUAUAUGACAAGAUGGGCAAGCUCGACUUUGCCGAGUCCCAUUUCCGCGCUGCCGCCAACAUCAACCCGACGAACGCGGUGCUCAUCUGCUGCAUUGGGCUUGUCUUGGAGAAAAUGAACAACCCCCGAGGGGCCCUGACGCAGUAUAGCAAUGCAUGCCGGCUGGCUCCUCAUUCCGUUCUGGCUCGGUUCCGCAAGGCGCGGGUGUUGAUGAAGCUCUCGGAACUCAAGCAAGCCCUGGCGGAGCUGAAGGUGCUCAAGGAUAUGGCACCGGACGAGGCCAAUGUGCAUUAUCUCUUGGGCAAGCUGUACAAAAUGCUGCAUGAAAAGGCCAAUGCCAUCAAGCACUUUACGACUGCGUUGAAUCUGGAUCCCAAGGCGGCCCAAUACAUCAAGGACGCCAUGGAGUCUCUGGAUGACGACGAGGAGGAUGACGAAGACAUGGCAUGAUAGUUUCUCUCUUUCUC